AUGCCAUUUGGGUGCCUUGCCCUGCGAGAUGGGCGGACGUACCACAGCCUGUCUGACAUCACAGACAAAUACGAGAUUGGGCAGGUCCUCAAGGCGAAGGAAUUUUGUGAGCUGUGUCUGGCAAAAGAACGCCAGACAGACAAGGUUUACGUGUGCAAGAAAUUCCUCAAGAAAGAUGGCAGGAAAGUGCGAAAGGCUGCCAAGAACGAAAUCAUGAUUUUGAAGAUGGUCAAACAUCCAAACAUUCUGCAGCUGAUUGAUGCAUUUGAGACCAGAAAAGAAUUUUUCAUCAUUCAGGAGCUGGCCACAGGUGGGGAUGUGUUUGAUUGGAUCCUGGACCAAGGCAACUACACAGAGAGAGACGCCUCCAACGUGAUCCGCCAGGUCCUAGAGGCUGUGGCUUAUCUCCAUUCCCUUAACAUUGUCCACAGGAACCUAAAGCUGGAGAACUUAAUGUACUACACUGAAAACAACCACAACAAAGUAGUGCUUCGGGAUUUCUACUUGUCCAAGUUUGAGAAUGGCUCCAUCACUGAACCUUGUGGAACACCAGAGUAUUUGGCCCCUGAGGUUGUGGCACGCCAUCGCUAUGGACGACCAGUUGACUGCUGGGCUGUUGGAGUCAUUAUGUAUAUGCUGUUGUCUGGGAACCCACCUUUCUAUGAUGAGACAGAGGAAGAGAACACAGACCUACACAACCGUAUCAUCUUCUGUCGAAUUGUGGCGGGAGAAUUUGAGUUUGAUUCUCCAUAUUGGGACGACAUCUCUCCUGCGGCUAAAGAGCUUGUUUGCAGACUGAUGGAAGUCGAUCCAAUGCUGCGGAUUACAGCACAGGAAGCAUUGUGGCAUGAGUGGAUUGCUGGAAAUGGAGCUUCAGAGAAAAACCUGAAGGAUGGAGUUUGUGCCCAGUUUGAGAAGAACUUUGCUAAAGCCAAGUGGAGGAAAGCAAUUCGUGUUACCACUUUUAUGCAGCGUCUACGUGCCUCUGAAAUGGGAUCUACUGAUGGGGUGACAGAGGGGCAGGGUGAAGCAGGCAAAGCAGUGGGUGUAGGGGAUGAGGGUACUCAGGCCGAUUCGGUGGGAAUCUCAUCUGCCAGUGUAUCCCAUGAGGUGACAGUGGAAAACAGGCCUGUAGAGGAUCAGGAAGAGGAAAAGAGGAAUGAAACAGACAAAGAAGGAGUAAAGAAAGGGGCUGAGGAUGGCACUCACCAAAUGGCACCUGCCUCAGGAAAAGAAAAACCAUUGGCAGAGAUGAGUCAAGCAUCCUUGCCCUCUAUUUCAACAAAGGCCUCUGACAACUCUGGGGUUAAUAACAACACAUCAGAACAAGACAUCUCAGCACAUAGCAAUGCAGAGAAAAAAGCAUCAUCUCCUGAAACAGCGAAUCGCCGCAAGAUGGCAGCCAACCUCUCUUUGGAUCAUGGCACAGGAUUCGGUGGCAAGACUAGUGCGUUGCAUGCUGACAAGGAAAAGCCAGCACAACCAGAUGAGAAGGGACAAGCAAUGAAAAAACAGGAAAUAUCACCAGGCAGCUGGUGUCAAACCCAGCUCCCAGAGGCUGUGGCAGAGAGGCCAGCAGGGGUAGGGGCACUUAGAGAAGUGAGCCCCAGAGGGAGAGAGGGGGAAAAGGGUAAACUAGACAAGUCCACUCAGUUAGGAAAACAGAACCAAGGUACAUAUGCUGCCAAGGGAUCUCCAAAUUUGGGACGUAAUCAGAGGGAGCUGGGUCUUGGGGCUCAAGGAUUUGGAAGUUCAUAUUGUUCACCUUACUCUGUUACCAGUGAGGCAAUGUACAGUGGUUUAGAGUCAGGGAGAGGCAAUAGUGCUGACUGGCAGAUGGACAGCGUAAUUGAGCAAAUAGAGAAACAAAUGGCUGCUGUUCUAGAGAAGAUAGAGGGGGACAUGCCGUCCCUGUUAGAGCAGAUCAGCGACUGUCCUGAGACUCUGCCGCGGGCCAAAAGCGCCCAGUCCUCUCCCUUGUCCCGUCCAAGCUCAUACCAUCACUCCACCCCACCACCUCUUCCCACGACCCCUCGUCCACCCAUGCCUUCCCUUCCACACCUGACAAUUCCUCCCCCAUCCUACCCACCACCCUCUCCUCCUAGUCAUAUUCAGACUCAAAACCAACCAAACCCUAAUCAGGAUGAAAGAGAAGGACACAGAGGCGCUGUGAAGUCUGGUCAGACACCAAGGGGAGGUGUAUCAGGACGAGGGUUAUGA